AAAUACUGGGCUUGUUGUGGGCUUGUUUUUGAAGCCGCGGUUGCUUAUUUGUCUCGCGAGAGUUGGCAACAGUGCUUUGCAGACAUCCUGCCCCAUUUCACAUUCACCGAAACUGAAAUUGAUGUAGUUGAGUGUGAAGAAAAAAAGAGGCGUGUCAGUGUCAAAAUAAGAACGCAAGUGGUCAGAAAAACGCAUCUAAAACGCGUGAUAAUGUCAGGUGUAAUGGCAAUGCGUUUUAAUCGCAUCUACGGUCGCGUACUCAAACACUGCACUUAAGUUCCGAUCAGGAGCACGCUUACGCCAUUACAGUCGAACCUUUGAAGAAGACAGAAAAAAAAAAAACAAACAUUAAAGAGGCAGAAUUUGAUGGAGGAAUCUGAAGCUUUACACGAAAACUACAAAAUCUGUUCAUCAAUAAGAUCUGAAUCCAGUUGAGAACCCCUGGACCUUCCAAAGGCACCAAGUAGCAAGUAGAUCCAAGUUUGGCAGCAAAUUCCCCAGGACUCCAUCCGCCAUCUCAUCAGAAUCAUGCCUAGACGCUGUCAGGAGUGCAUAAAGGAGGGGAAGAUGGCUUAGGAAAAAAAGAGGAGAAAAGGAGCUGUAAACCUCACAAGAGUGAAUCUGUCUGAAGUGAAUUUGAAGAUCUGAGUCAUUAUAUCCUGACAAUUUAAAAUCAAGCAACAUGGAGCCAGGAGAAGCAGCGGCAGGAGAACAAAGGGCAACUCUACAAUCACCACUAAAAAUAACAAUAGCACUGACAGUUGUAACAAUUGUAGUAGUUGUAGGUAAUGCAGUAACAUCAACAAUAGCUGCUGUAGCAGUAGGAGCAGCAGCAGGGGCAGCAGCUGGAAUUGGCAUUUUACAAUCACUAUGGGAGGCAAAAAUAAGAACAGUAGCAGUAGCAGUUACAGCAGCAGCAGGAUGCUUUGCAGGAACAACAGCAGCAAUAUUGCAAUCAUUGUUAGGAGCACAGUCACUAACAGGAUCAUCAGUAACUGGAGCAAUGGCAGGAGCUGCAAUAGUAACAGUAGCAAGAACACAAUUACAGUGGGCAAUAGAAACAAUACAGUGGGUAAUAGAAACAAUACAGUGGGUAAUAGAAACCAUACAAUGGGUGGUAAACCUAGUGCAAAAAUUAAAAGCAUCAUUACCUGCAGCAACAGUAACUGGAGGAUCAGGAUUAGCAGCAGCCGUAUUAUAUCAAGCAUUGCAAGAAGAAGCAAUAGAAGCAUCAUCUGGACCAGGAGCAUUUAGACCAGCAUCAUCUGGAUCAGAAGUAUCUUGGCCAGCAGUAUCAGGCCCAGUAUUAUCUGAACCAGUACCUUCAGGACCAGGAGCAUCUGGAGCAGCAGCAUCAGGUCCACCAUCAUCUGGAACAGGAGCAUCUAGAUCAGGAUCUGGAGCACCAGUAUCAGGUUCAGCAUCAUCUGGACCAGGACCUUCAGGACCAGGAGCAUCUGGAGCAGCAGUAUCAGGUCCACCAUCAUCUAAACCAGGACCUUCAGGAUCAGGAGCAUCUGGACCAGCAGUAUCAGGUCCACCAUCAUCUGGACCAGGACCUUCAGGACCAGGAGCAUCUGGAGCAGCAGUAUCAGGUCCAGCAUCAUCUGGAACAGGACCUUCAGGACCAGGAGCAUCUGGACCAGCAGUGUCAGGUCCACCAUCAUCUAAACCAGGACCUUCAGGACCAGGAGCAUCUGGAGCAGCAGUAUCAGGUCCAGCAUCAUCUGGAACAGGACCUUCAGGAUCAGCAGCAUCUGGAGCAGCAGUAUCAGAUACAGCAUCAUCUGUAACAGGACCUUCAGGAUCAGGAGCAUCUGGACCAGCAGUGUCAGGUCCACCAUCAUCUGGACCAGGACCUUCAGGACCAGGAGCAUCUGGAGCAGCAGUAUCAGGUCCACCAUCAUCUGGACCAGGACCUUCAGGAGCAUCUGGAGCAGCAGUAUCAGAUACAGCAUCAUCUGGACCAGGACCUUCAGGAGCAUCUGGAGCAGCAGUAUCAGAUACAGCAUCAUCUGGACCAGGACCUUCAGGAGCAUCUGGAGCAGCAGUAUCAGAUACAGCAUCAUCUGGACCAGGACCUUCAGGAUCAGGAGCAUCUGGAUCAGCAGUGUCAGGUCCACCAUCAUCUGGACCAGGACCUUCAGGACCAAGAGCAUCUGGAUCAGGACCUUCAGGCCCGGCACCAUCUGGACCAGCAGAAUCGGGUCCAGCAGCAUCUGGAGCAACGGGAACAGGAUCAGCAGCAUCAGGACCAGGAGCAUCGGGUACAGCAGCAUCUGAAGCAACAGGAUCAGCAGCUUCUGGAGCAGUAGGACUGGCAGCAGCAGCAGGAUCAGCAGGUGCGGGAGUAGCAGCAGAAGUAAUUAGUGGAAUACUGGGAGGACUUUGGGCAGGAGCAGGAGCAGAAAAUAAUGGAUCAAAACAGAAAAGCCCAUCACGGGCACAAUCAGCAGUGAAGAGAGAAAAGGACGAUGGACCAGCAGGAGUCAGUCCAGAUCAACACAUACAGGAAAAGACUGAGAGAGAAAAAAUAGAGCAACUAUUUCAAAGACUUCAUCUCGACAAAAACAAAAAUAAACUGAAAAUUGUAGAAGUUCUUCAGUUAACUGCUCAUUCAUUAAAGUGCCAUAAGUCUUAUGCUGAGGAGAAGCUGGUUUGGAGUUUCAUACAAAAACUACUGAUGAUAAACUACAGAGCAAGAUUCACUAAUGUGAAAUAUACCAGUGAACAGCAUCACACACAACAAAGAGACAGUGAUGAUUUGAAAGCAAUGUCUUAUUCUAAUAAAGGAACAGGCCAAUCUGAGCAAAUCCACCCAAUGGAUGUUCAGAUGGCUGUGUUUCAUUGUGCUGAUGGUUUCCUGAAGCAGCUGAUGGUGACUAAACUGUCCCAGUGUCAGUACGCUCUGCCUCUGCUUGUUCCUGAUCCAUUCACACAACAGAUUGAGUUUCCUCUCUGGACAUUCAGACAAAUCAACAAGAGCUGGAAGAUGAGAAACACCAACAAUGAGACCAUCAGUAAAUCCCAGCCGAUCUACAAGACGAAAACUCCAAUGGUGUUUUUCUUCAGAUUUGGCUCUGUGUCUUCAUCCAAGUCUCAGCUGAUGAACAGUCUGAUCAAUGAGAAACAUGACACGUUCUUCCACAGGAACUGCCCAGGCAGCAGCAGAACCAGAGUCCUGAUGGAUGGUGUGGUGGAGAUCGCCUGGUUCUGUCCCUCUGGGAAAAACACUGAUAAAUUCACUGACUGUGUUGCCUUCUGUAAUCUACACGGUGAUGCAGGAGACCAUGAGAAACAGUUGCAGAUCCUCACUGAAAUGGCCUCAGUCAAUGUUGUUCUUCUACCACGACUGGACAGGAAUGACGGACAUACAGCAAAGAUUCAAAACCUGUACAAAGACAGAAAGCCACUCAUUUGUCUUUUUACUGAGGAUGAAUCUACUGUAAAGAAGAUGAAGAAAGAGAAAUUUCAAAUUGGUUUGAAAGACAGAAAUCAGUCAGAUGUAUCUAAAGAGCUCAGAAGAGUUAUAAAUGAUUGUCUCUUAGAAUCAUCUUCCACUUUCAGACUUGAAGAUGUGUCCAAGCACUCAGACAUCAGAGUAGAUGAGGAAGAUGAUGAGGACUGCAGGAGAGGAAGAGAAGCAGCACAACAGAUGAUGAGUUUACUGGAGAAGAAAGAUCUGACAGAAAUCAAAGAAACAUUUCUGCCUCAUCAGGGGAAACUGUGGCAUCAGUGGAGUCAGAAGAACAAAGAACUACAUCGACCUCAAGGAGAUGAAACAGAAAUGGACAUAAGCAGAAAACAUACAGAACUAAAGGAAAUCCGUGAACAACAGCAUAAAUUGAAAAUCAGCGAAUUUAUGAAGUUCUUUAUUAAAGAAAUUAAUUCAGAAGCUGCAAAUAAGAUGUAUUUCUUUAAGUGGCUCAGAAUCCUCCUGGAUGAACGCAGAUCAGAUGAUCUUUCUGCUCUACAUCACAAGUGGUCAGCAGUCGUAAAACCGAAAGAGAAUCAUGAUGAAUCUGAACAACUCAUAGCUGAACUAAAUGAACUUAAGAGAAUAUCUGAGAAACUUCAAGCUGCAGCCUUUGGUUUGGAGCACAUCAUGAGGGAGAUCGGUCAGAUCUAUGAAGCAUGUUCAUCUGUGAAGAAGAACAAGAAAGACCUGCAGGUUCACUUCUCUUUUCUCCCGAGUCUUGCAGCAGAGAUGAUGAUCUCUGGAUUUCCACUGGAGCUGAUGGAUGGAGAUGCUGCUCAUGUUCCUCUGAUCUGGAUCUCUGCUGUUUUAGAUGAACUUGUUCAGAAACUGGGAGACCAGCGAGUCUUUGUGCUGUCAGUUUUAGGGAUUCAGAGCUCUGGAAAAUCCACCAUGCUGAAUGCUAUGUUUGGUCUCCAGUUUGCCGUCAGUGCUGGCAGGUGCACCAGAGGAGCUUUCAUGCAGCUGGUCAGAGUCUCAGACGAGAUGAAAACACAGAUGAACUUUGACUACAUUCUGGUUGUUGAUACUGAGGGCUUAAAUGCUCUAGAACUGUCUGGAAGAUCAACAAGACAUCAUGACAAUGAACUGGCCACAUUUGUUGUAGGUCUUGCAAAUCUGACACUGAUCAACAUUUUUGGAGAAAAUCCUUCUGAGAUGCAGGAUGUUCUUCAGAUCGUUGUUCAAGCCAUCAUGAGGAUGAAGAAGGUAAAUUUGACUCCCAGCUGUGUGUUUGUGCAUCAGAACGUUUCAGACGUCACAGCUGGAGAGAAAAACAUGGAGGGAAGGAGACGACUGCAGGAGACAAUGGAUGAAAUGACAAAACUCGCUGCUGAAGAGGAAGAUUAUGAUGCAGAAUGUUUCAGUGAUGUCAUUAGAUUUGAUGUUCAGAAAGAUGUGAAGUAUUUGGCUCAUCUCUGGGAGGGCAGCUCACUAAUGUCACCACCAAACCCAGACUACUGUGAGAACAUUCAAGAACUAAAGGAAUCUAUUAUUUCUCAUGCCUCAAAUUCAGAUAGAAUUAGGCUGAUAGAUUUAAAAGAUUGUAUUAAAGAUCUCUGGGAAGCUUUACUGAAUGAAAGAUUUGUCUUCAGCUUCAGAAAUUCUCUGGAGAUUUCAGCCUACAGGAAACGAGAAUACAACAAUUUGCCCUGGAGCCUUCGCAGUGCCAUGAUGGAAACUGAGAAUAAACUACACAACAAAAUAGAAAAUGGAGCAAAUCAUGAGGUUAAGGAAACUGAUCUUCAAAGAGAACUGAAGAAGACAAGUGUAGAAGUUAAAAAAUAUGCAUUAAAAUUCUUUGAGAUAGACAAAGAUAAACAUAAACUGAUUCAGUGGAAAAAAUCCUUGGACAUCAAAAUAAAAGAUGUUCAGGAAAACAUUGUGAGAGAAACAAAGAGGAAAUUAAAUGAGACUCAUGUAAACACUCUCUAUGAAAAGAGCAAAGAACUUGCCUUAAAACCUAAAUACAAAGAAAAUGAUGAAGAAACACUGAAGAAAGAGUUUGAUUUGUUUUGGAAACAGUAUCUGAAUAAGAUCAUCACAGACACUCCUAUAAUCAAAGACAUUGACAUAUUGAGAGAUGUGAAACUCCUCCUCAAUGAUGUCUAUGAAAGUGCUCCUGUAGAUCACCGGAGGGAGAGCAGGGAUAUUUUAACUGUGACUAGUUAUGCAGAUUACGUACAGUCAAAGAAAUACUUUGGAUUAACAGGAGCUUUAAAAAAUGUCUUCAGAUCAGCAAAAGAGAAGUUGGGGAUAAUUUUAUCUCUGGAGGAUGAAGUCCAAAUAAGUUUAUUAGUCACAGACAUUUUGCAGCAGACAGACAAAAUGAUUCAGUCAUUUAACAUUUCAAAGAUGGGCUACAACAUCAACUGCAUUCAACAGCUCGCAGGUUACAUCAAGAGAAGAGUAACAGAACAUCAGAAACAACAAGUGAAAUAUGUGUUCAAGAAUGAGUUCUUCAAAGAUUUGGUUCUUUCCAUCUGUAAGAGAGCAAACAAGAAGAUCACUGACCAGCACAGACUGUUCAGGGACAGAAAUUAUCCUUUAAUAUAUGUUGAGAAAAAGAGAGAAGAGUAUUAUAGUAUUUUCAAGAAAUUCUGUUAUGAAGCAACAUCAACUGCCAUUUUUGGUGAGAUCAUCUGUCAGAAACUGAAAGAGCCCAUUGAGCAGAGUGUCUACAAGAAGACUGCUAGAGAUCUGGCAAAUGAAAUGAGAACAGAAUGUCCAUCUCUGAAAGGAAACAGAUCAAAUCUGGAGAAACACAUCCUAGAGACACUGGCAGAAGAGGAGGAUUUUGACAAAUACAUGAAAUACAUUCAUGAACCCAGAGAUCACUUCAAGAGUUUCAUCAGAGAUGAAGUCAGUAUAUACAUAACUGAUAAGUUCAGUGUCAGUGUUUUACCAAAGAUGAAGGAGAACAUUGAACUCCUGCAGCAGAAGAUCAUGGAAGCAGCUCAUAAAUCUACAGAACAUGUUCAAGAGAACAGUGGAGAUGUUGGUUUGUGGUUGAAGAGUUUCACACAGCGGCUCUCAGAUGAGCUGAUCUUCUCUGAAAAUGACCUCUGUGGAGUCAAACAUGAUGAUAUUGAUGUUGAUUUCAAAAUCCUAGAAGAUGUGAUAAGAAAAGAACUAAGUAGCAUAACAUCCAACAUCCACAAAACUAAUAUAUCCAAUAAAAAAAUGGACUUCAGGUUCAGACCAGAUGAGCUUCUGAUUGAUCACUUCUGUCAGUGCUGUUGGGUUCACUGUCCAUUCUGUGGAGCCACUUGCACCAACGCCAUAGAAAACCAUCACGGAGAUCAUAGUGUUGCUUUCCACAGAGUCAUUGGAAUUAAAGGAUCCCGUUGCUUUCUAUCACAGAAUUUCUGUGUGGAUAUUUGCACAAAUUUAGUGGCAAGUGAUAAAGACUUUCUUACAUUAGAUGGAUUGUUUCCAUGUAAUGAAUACAGAAAAGCAGGAGGAGUUUAUGCAAAGUGGAGCAUCACUCCUGACUGCUUUGAGCUGCCGUACUGGAAGUGGUUUGUUUGCAGAUUUCAGAAAGAUCUGGAAAAUCACUACAAGGAAAAAAUUGUGGGUAAAGGUGAGAUUCCAAAUCAAUGGAAAAAGCUCAGAAAACAGGAUGCUAUUGAGAGUUUGGAUAAAUACUUUUAAAAAUGUAAAGUAACAGAGCAUAAUAAAAACAAUUUUAAAUAUUAACAUGUAGUUCCUAAAUGUUUUAACUGGGUGUAUUCCAGCAUAUAUACUUUAGUUGCUCGUUUCUCUUCCCCACUGUGUCCAUCUUGGACUUUUAUGUAACUUUAUGUAAUUCUUCUUCUUUGGUGGGUUUAAUGGCAGGUUGCAAACCAGCUUUUUAGGCACAUAUCAGCACCUCCUAUGCUGGAUUUCAGUCUAGGCAUAACCGGAUGGUGGUCUAUUCUUAAGACCAUCAAUUUUAAUGCAUUUUAACAUUUGCUUGAUAAUUUUACCAGAUCCUUGUUCUGAAUUGAAUAUAUUGCAUAUUGUCAAUUAUUUGCAUUCUAUAGCCUGUAAUUCUCUUCCGAGCUCAUUCCUUUCGUGUUCAUAACUUGUUGAACAAUACAUGAUCAACAGUUUCUGGUAUAAUUCACAUAAUCCUCUAUCAUGUUUUCCUAUGAUAAUAAGUGUAGAAUUAAGUUUUGUAUGACCUUAAUUACAAUUGUAAUUGUAUCAUUUAAGUUGUCUUGGAGCACUGUGAAAUGCUGUUUAUUUGUUUAUGCUUGAAAACAAUCAUCACAUUUGUUAUUGCAGAGUUUCAUUAAGUACUCUUAUCAAAUAUGUUACUCAACAAAAAUCUCAUAUGCACUUUAUAUUUUUCACUUGGUCUAAAGGUUCAAUAAACUAUUAAAAAAAAAAAACUGACUUAUUUCAUGUCAGUCUUUACAGGGUUAAGCGUUAUUGUCAUCUGACGAUAAUCAUAAUCAUUCAGUUCUGUUAUGUAUAGACUCAUAGGGGAGCACUGAUUCAUUCUGCAUCACACAGCAGUGUUUGUCACUGAAUACGUAAUGAAUGAUGUCCGUCUGCCGGGUAUUUCUGGACUGAGUCUUGCUCAUGAAUCAACAGCUUUUGUAUGUGUUUGGAGUAGAUCCUCCUCCAGCCUGUGUCUCUGGCAGAAAGUCUGAAGGAUUGUGCGUUUUCUAUUCAUCUGCGCUCAUAUAAAUAUUCUAUUGAACUUCAAGACGUCAAUGUGAGCAUCACAGAAA